GCAGCGCAUCACAAUUUGAGAAUUUUAUAAGUAUAUUGAUCGCGCUGUCAUAAUUAAUACAAAGUUUACUUUCAAUUACACGUUUUGUAAAAAACAAACACGAAGCGCAUCGUCCACCAUUCACAGUCGCAACUAACACCAUGUCAAAGGGCCUCAUCUACCACAAGGACGGGUCAUUUACCCGCCCAGACACAGACUAUCGCAGCUUCAUAUCGCGCGAGCCUGGCGCAGAAUUCCCUCCCGAGGCUGGCAGAUAUGCUCUCUACAUAUCGCCUGGAUGUCCCUGGGCUCAUCGCACCAUGAUUAUGAGAAAGCUCAAAGGCCUCGAAGACAUUAUUGAACUAAUUCAAGUACAUCCAUAUCUUGGACAAGACGGGUGGUACUUUUCUGGCGAGAUGGGAAGCCCGCCCGAAGAUCCUCUGCAUCCGGGAUUCACGACGCUCAAGCAGUUGUACCUGUCCAACGAUCCAAACUUUAGCGGUCGAUAUACUGUACCUCUGCUCUGGGAUAAGAAGACAGACCGACCAGUCAACAACGAAUCAUCGGAGCUGAUUGUUAUGUUUGCCACCGAGUUUGACGGCCUCAUUCCCGAGCACCUGCGUGAGUCUAGCAAACCCGACGGCGGCCUCUACCCAGCCAAUCUCAAGGCUGAGAUUGACGCCAUCAAUAAGACAGUAUAUGAUACACUCAACAAUGGCGUAUACAAAGUUGGUUUUGCACGUUCUCAAGAAUCGUAUGAGGAGAAUAUUGGGCCGCUGUUUGAGACCCUGCGUGAACUUGAUACGUGGCUCUCAAAGACGCCGUAUCUCGUAGGGAAUGGGUUGACUUUGGCGGAUAUUCGGCUGUAUCCAACUAUUGCAAGGUUCGAUGCCGCGUAUAAUACGGCGAUGCUUUGCACGCUGGACACAAUUCGCGGAGGAAACUAUCCAAACUUGCACAGGUGGCUACGAAGACUAUUCUGGAACGCGGAUAAGCAUGGAAAUGCAUUCUAUGACACCACGGCCCCAUGGCUGCAUUACUAUCCCGGUGGUUAUGCCGAUUCACGAAGACGAAUUGUUUUCAAUGCCGAUAUCCCACUCAUUAUCCCCAAGGCUCCAGAUGUUGAGAUACUUAUUCCCAAGCUUGAGGGUUGA